GAUAAUUUAAAUCGAAAGUGCAAAACUCAGUGCAGAAUUUAGUCAAGCCAGUCUUCAAGGUGUUUUCUAACAAAACAUUUGACACAGUGAGAAGUUCUCUCAGUAAAUUAUUUUAAGAUACAAUGGUUGAAAACGGAGAUGUUAGUAACAAUAGUGAGAAACUAAAUGCCGCCGAUGAUGGAAUCAAAUUGGUAACUGAAGACUUAUUUCAUGAUAUCCUGGAAAAACAAUUUGGAGAGUGUAUUAUCAGAAAGUUUGGUGUAACGCCCAGUUCAAGUGCUGGCGAAAACUAUGUGUGUUCAAUGUAUCGAGUGACGAUUGAAAUUGAAAAAGAAGAUGGAACUGAAGAUUCAGUAAGAUACAUUAUUAAAAUGAUGCCACCCAACGAUCCAACCGCCGAAAUGAAAAAAAGUUUAGGUAUUUUCCCAAGAGAAGUUGAAAUGUACCAGAAAGUUGUCCCCCAAUUUGAGGAGGUUUUCCUGGAAAAUGGUAUUAAGACUACCUUCUCCCCAAAGUGUUGGAAGGUGCUUCAUGAUCCUGAAAUGUUCAUUAUGGAAGAUUUGGGAGCGAGAAAAUUCGCUAACAUAAAUCGUCGCAACGGAAUGGAUAUGGAACAUGUCAAAAUGGUUCUAUCAAAAUUGGCAGAGUUCCACGGCGCUUCAGUUUGCCUUUUAGAAAAAAAUGGUCCUUUCUCGGACAGGAUAAUGGCCUCAAUGUACAGUCAUGAGUAUUUCCGGGCAAUGCAGCCGAUAUUUUGGGGAAAUAUCUUAAAAAAUUUGCGAAUGUGGAAUAGUUGUCAGGAAUAUGUGCAUCGGAUGGAAGAAAUGAGUGACAAGGUGUUUGACCUCCAGAUGAAUAUAUAUGAACCCAACCCAGAUGAAUUCAAUGUAGUUUUACAUGGAGAUCUAUGGGCGAACAAUAUAAUGUUUCAACAUGAUGAAAAUGGUAAACCCAAGGACAUUUUGUUUGUCGAUCUUCAAGGUUCACGAUAUGGUUCCCCCGUGCAAGAUUUGAUAUAUUUCAUUGUCACGUCCACUGAAUAUUCAAUUAAACUAAAGGAAUUCGAUUAUAUGAUCAAAUAUUAUCACCAAGAAUUAGUUAAAAAUUUGAAACUCCUCAAAUAUCCCAAAGCCCCUCCCAAGCUGAUGGACCUGCAUAUUGCGGCUGUGAAAAAAUCGUUCAUUGGUGUUUUUGUCAGUUGCAGUGUCCUGCCCAUCGCACUGCUCGAGCCUAAUGAUGACGCCAAUAUGGAGAAUUUCUUGAAAGAUGAUGAGACCGGAAAUAAAUUUAAACAGGCCAUGUACUUGAAUCCGAAGCUUAUAAAAGCAUGUCAAGCGAUAUUCCCUUUUAUGGAGAAUAGAGGGGCUUUUGAAAUUUAAUUUUCAAAAAUAAAUAUUUAAUAUGUU